UUUAAAGCUCAUGCUUAUCAGAAAAAUAUAUGAAUUUUAGACGAUUCAUUUUAUUUUUUUCUGAAUUAUUUAUAAAAUAUUCAUUAAUUUAUUCCCGUGUUUAUGAAAAUAUUAUAUCUGCUUUCCGUACGUAAUUUUUAAGAGACAAAAUUAUGUAAGUAGUAGCAGAAAACUGAUCCUGAAUGAAGCCCCAUUUCGUCAAUUUUGUGUGAAGAGCCAACAAUGUACAACUACUAAUAAGGUGACGAAGGAAGCAUGAGUUUUUGUGUUGACUUAGUAUCAGAAGAUUCAUUUUAUGAAAAUAUAACUCUGGGUGUAACAAAACUACUUGAAUCCGAUCCUCGAAUAUCAAAUGUGGCGGUCGAACGGAGAGGACCUUGUGAUCGAGUUGCCAUUUCUAAUUGGGAGCAGAGGCAUUCCACUGCAUUACCGGAAGAUCUACGAAAUUUCUAUUUAUCCACCGAUGGCUUCCUUCUAACAUGGCAUUACAAAUAUUCAGCUGAUGCGGUGCUCCCUGUUGGUUCAAUUAGAGUUAAUUCACUGAAUGAAUUAUAUUUAUCGCCUUCGUUAAAGGACCUACUGGACUUUUCUCUGACAAGGCCGACUGCAGGCACGCGUCCCAUUUUGAACACAAAGAGCAAAAUUUUUGAGCUGGACACAUGUAGGAAUAUUGGAAAGGUUUGUUUGGUUUACACAAAUGGUUGUUGGUCCGUGUGGCUGGCGACCCGUGACGGCACUUGGGGUUGGUUGGCGGACACAUUCACGCAGUACUUUAGGAUGGCUCUUAUUCACCUAGGCUUGCCGACCUGGCAGGCGGCAUUUGCCAAUUUGCCACUUAUUCCGUGGGCGGAGCAACUGUUCCUACUGCUCGCUCCGCAUCUGUUGGAGAGGAAUGAGCCGGAGAGCAGCGUGAUAGUGACAGCUGACGCGGGCUUCAAUCACAUUGAUCCAAAUAUAUUCAAAACUGCACGCCAGCACAAGAAUACUGUAAAACAAGUCAAUCACUAAUGUUGAAAUGAAUUUGACGUUUAUGGGACGUUUAUUAAAAGAAAAUAUACUUAUAUCUAACUAUAA